AUGCCCUCAUGCCCUCAUGCCCUCAUCCUUUCAUGCCCUCAUGCCCUCAUGCCCUCAUGCCCUCAUGCCCUCAUGCCCUCAUGCCCUCACGCCAUCAUGCCCUCAUGCCCUCAUGACCUCAUCCACUCAUGCUGUCAUGCCCUCAUGCCUUCAUGCCCUCAUGACCUCACACCCUCACGCCCUCAUGCCCUCAUGCCCUCAUGCCCUCAUGCCCUCACGCCCUCAUGCCCUCACGCCCUCAUGCCCUCAUGCCCUCAUGCCCUCAUGCCCUCACGCCCUCAUGCCCUCAUGCCCUCAUGCCCUCAUGCCCUCAUGCCCUCAUGCCCUCACGCCCUCAUGCCCUCAUGCCCUCAUGCCCUCACGCCCUCAUGCCCUCAUGCCCUCAUGCCCUCAUCCCCUCAUGCCCUCAUGCCCUCAUGCCCUCAUGCCCUCAUGCCCUCACGCCCUCAUGCCCUCAUGCCCUCACGCCCUCACGCCCUCAUGCCCUCAUGCCCUCAUCCCCUCAUGCCCUCAUGCCCUCAUGCCCUUAUGCCCUCAUGCCCUUAUGCCCUCAUGCCCUCAUGCCCUCACGCCCUCACGCCCUCAUGCCCUCACGCCCUCAUGCCCUCACGCCCUCAUGCCCUCAUGCCCUCAUGUACUCCUCCCGUCAUGUACUCAUGCACUCAUGCACUCAUGCCCUCAUGCCCUCAUGCACUCAUGCCCUCAUGCCCUCAUGCCCUCAUGCCCUCAUGCUCUCAUGCCCUCACGCCAUCAUGCCCUCAUGCCCUCAUGCACUCAUGCCCUCAUGCCCUCACGCCCUCAUGCCCUCAUGCCCUCAUGCCCUCAUGCCCUCAUGCCCUCAUGCCUUCAUGCCCUCAUGCCCUCAUGCCCUCAUGCCCUCAUGCCCUCACGCCCUCAUGCCCUCAUGCCCUCAUGCCCUCACGCCCUCAUGCCCUCAUGCCCCCACGCCCACAAGCCCUCAUGCCCUCACGCCCUCAUGCCCUCAUGCCCUCACGCCCUCAUGCCCUCAUGCCCUCAUGCCCUCACGCCCUCAUGCCCUCAUGCCCUCAUCCCCUCAUGCCCUCAUGCCCUCAUGCCCUCAUGCCCUCAUGCCCUCAUGCCCUCAUCCUUUCAUGCCCUCAUGCCCUCAUGCCCUCAUGCCCUCAUGCCCUCAUGCCCUCACACCCUCAUGCCCUCAUGCCCUCAUGCCCUCAUGCCCUCAUGCCCUCACGCCCUCACGCCCUCAUGCCCUCAUGCCCUCAUCCCCUCAUGCCCUCAUGCCCUCAUGCCCUCAUGCCCUCACGCCCUCAUGCCCUCAUGCCCUCACGCCCUCAUGCCCUCAUGCCCUCAUGCCCUCACGCCCUCACGCCCUCAUGCCCUCACGCCCUCAUGCCCUCAUGCCCUCAUGCCCUCAUGCCCUCAUGCCCUCAUGCCCUCAUGCACUCAUGCCCUCAUGCCCUCAUGCCCUCAUGCCCUCACGCCAUAAUGCCUUUAUUCCCUCAUGCACUCAUGCCCUCAUGCCCUCACGCCCUCAUGCCCUCAUGCCCUCAUGCCCUCACGCCCUCAUGCCCUCAUGCCCUCAUGCCCUCACGCCCUCAUGCCCUCACGCCCUCACGCCCUCAUGCCCUCAUGCCCCCACGCCCUCAUGCACUCAUGCCCUCACGCCAUCAUGCCCUCAUGCCCUCAUGCCCUCAUGCCCUCACGCCCUCAUGCCCUCAUGCCCUCAUGCCCUCAUCCCCUCAUGCCCUCAUGCCCUCAUGCCCUCAUGCCCUCACACCCUCAUGCCCUCAUGCCCUCAUGCCUUCAUGCCCUCAUGCCCUCACGCCCUCAUGCCCUCAUGCCCUCAUGCCCUCAUGCCCUCAUGCCCUCAUGCCCUCAUGCCCUCAUGCCCUCACGCCCUCAUGCCCUCAUGCCCUCACGCCCUCAUGCCCUCAUGCCCUCAUGCCCUCACGCCCUCAUGCCCUCAUGCCCUCAUGCCCUCAUCCCCUCAUGCCCUCAUGCCCUCAUGCCCUCAUGCCCUCAUGCCCUCAUGCCCUCACGCCCUCAUGCCCUCAUGCCCUCAUGCCCUCACGCCCUCAUGCCCUCACGCCCUCACGCCCUCAUGCCCUCAUGCCCUCAUGCCCUCACGCCCUCAUGCCCUCAUGCCCUCAUGCCCUCAUGCCCUCAUGCCCUCAUGCCCUCAUGCCCUCACGCCCUCAUGCCCUCACGCCCUCAUGCCCUCAUGCCCUCAUGCCCUCAUGCCCUCAUGCCCUCAUGCCCUCAUGCCCUCAUGCCCUCAUGCCCUCAUGCCCUCAUGCACUCAUGCCCUCAUGCCCUCACGCCCUCAUGCCCUCACGCCCUCAUGCCCUCACGCCCUCAUGCCCUCAUGCCCUCAUGCCCUCACGCCCUCAUGCCCUCAUGCCCUCAUGCCCUCACGCCCUCAUGCCCUCAUGCCCUCAUGCCCUCAUCCCCUCAUGCCCUCAUGCCCUCAUGCCCUCACGCCCUCAUGCCCUCAUGCCUUCAUGCCCUCAUGCCCUCAUGCCCUCAUGCCCUCAUGCCCUCCUGCCCUCAUGUACUCAUGCACUCAUGCACUCAUGCCCUCAUGCCCUCUUGCAAUCAUGCCCUCAUGCCCUCAUGCCCUCAUGCCCUCAUGCACUCAUGCCCUCAUGCCCUCACGCCCUCAUGCCCUCAUGCCCUCACGCCCUCAUGCCCUCAUGCCCUCAUGCACUCAUGCCCUCAUGCCCUCACGCCCUCAUGCCCUCACGCCCUCAUGCCCUCAUGCCCUCAUGCCCUCACGCCCUCAUGCCCUCAUGCCCUCAUGCCCUCAUCCCCUCAUGCCCUCAUGCCCUCAUGCCCUCAUGCCCUCAUGCCCUUAUGCCCUCAUGCCUUCAUGCCCUCAUGCCCUCAUGCCCUCACGCCCUCAUGCCCUCAUGCCCUCAUGCCCUCACGCCCUCAUGCCCUCACGCCCUCAUGCCCUCAUGCCCUCAUGCCCUCAUGCCCUCAUGCCCUCAUGCCCUCAUGCCCUCAUGCACUCAUGCCCUCAUGCCCUCACGCCCUCAUGCCCUCACGCCCUCAUGCCCUCACGCCCUCAUGCCCUCAUGCCCUCAUGCCCUCAUGCCCUCACGCCCUCAUGCCCUCAUGCCCUCAUGCCCUCACGCCCUCAUGCCCUCAUGCCCUCAUGCCCUCAUCCCCUCAUGCCCUCAUGCCCUCACGCCCUCAUGCCCUCAUGCCCUCAUGCCCUCAUGCCCUCACGCCCUCAUGCCCUCAUGCCCUCAUGUCCUCAUGCCCUCAUGCGCUCAUUCCCUCACGCCCUCAUGCCCUCAUGCACUCAUGCCCUCACGCCAUCAUGCCCUCAUGCCCUCAUGCACUCAUGCCCUCAUGCCCUCACGCCCUCAUGCCCUCAUGCCCUCAUGCCCUCACGCCCUCAUGCCCUCAUGCCCUCAUGCCCUCAUCCUUUCAUGCCCUCAUGCCCUCAUGCCCUCAUGCCCUCACGCCCUCACGCCAUCAUGCCCUCAUGCCCUCAUGACCGCAUCCCCUCAUGCCCUCAUGCCCUCAUGCCUUCAUGCCCUCAUGCCCUCACGCCCUCAUGCCCUCAUGCCCUCAUGCCCUCAUGCCCUCAUGCCCUCAUGCCCUCACGCCCUCAUGCCCUCACGCCCUUAUGCCCUCAUGCCCUCAUGCCCUCACGCCCUCAUGCCCUCAUGCCCUCACGCCCUCAUGCCCUCAUGCCCUCAUGCCCUCACGCCCUCAUGCCCUCAUGCCCUCAUGCCCUCAUGCCCUCACGCCCUCAUGCCCUCAUGCCCUCAUGCCCUCAUGCCCUCAUGCCCUCAUGCCCUCAUGCCCUCACGCCCUCAUGCCCUCACGCCCUCAUGCCCUCAUGCCCUCAUGCCCUCAUGCCCUCAUGCCCUCAUGCCCUCAUGCCCUCAUGCCCUCAUGCCCUCAUGCCCUCAUGCACUCAUGCCCUCAUGCCCUCACGCCCUCAUGCCCUCACGCCCUCAUGCCCUCACGCCCUCAUGCCCUCAUGCCCUCAUGCCCUCAUGCCCUCACGCCCUCAUGCCCUCAUGCCCUCAUGCCCUCACGCCCUCAUGCCCUCAUGCCCUCAUGCCCUCAUCCCCUCAUGCCCUCAUGCCCUCAUGCCCUCACGCCCUCAUGCCCUCAUGCCUUCAUGCCCUCAUGCCCUCAUGCCCUCAUGCCCUCAUGCCCUCCUGCCCUCAUGUACUCAUGCACUCAUGCACUCAUGCCCUCAUGCCCUCAUGCAAUCAUGCCCUCAUGCCCUCAUGCCCUCAUGCCCUCAUGCACUCAUGCCCUCAUGCCCUCACGCCCUCAUGCCCUCAUGCCCUCACGCCCUCAUGCCCUCAUGCCCUCAUGCACUCAUGCCCUCAUGCCCUCACGCCCUCAUGCCCUCAUGCCCUCACGCCCUCAUGCCCUCAUGCCCUCAUGCCCUCACGCCCUCAUGCCCUCAUGCCCUCAUGCCCUCAUCCCCUCAUGCCCUCAUGCCCUCAUGCCCUCAUGCCCUCAUGCCCUCAUGCCCUCACGCCCUCAUGCCCUCAUGCCCUCAUGCCCUCACGCCCUCAUGCCCUCAUGCCCUCAUGCCCUCAUGCCCUCAUGCCCUCACGCCCUCAUGCCCUCAUGCCCUCAUGCCCUCAUCCCCUCAUGCCCUCAUGCGCUCAUUCCCUCACGCCCUCAUGCCCUCAUGCACUCAUGCCCUCACGCCAUCAUGCCCUCAUGCCCUCAUGCACUCAUGCCCUCAUGCCCUCACGCCCUCAUGCCCUCAUGCCCUCAUGCCCUCACGCCCUCAUGCCCUCAUGCCCUCAUGCCCUCAUCCUUUCAUGCCCUCAUGCCCUCAUGCCCUCAUGCCCUCACGCCCUCACGCCAUCAUGCCCUCAUGCCCUCAUGACCGCAUCCCCUCAUGCCCUCAUGCCCUCAUGCCUUCAUGCCCUCAUGCCCUCACGCCCUCAUGCCCUCAUGCCCUCAUGCCCUCAUGCCCUCAUGCCCUCAUGCCCUCACGCCCUCAUGCCCUCACGCCCUCAUGCCCUCAUGCCCUCAUGCCCUCACGCCCUCAUGCCCUCAUGCCCUCAUGCCCUCAUGCCCUCAUGCCCUCAUGCCCUCACGCCCUCAUGCCCUCAUGCCCUCAUGCCCUCACGCCCUCAUGCCCUCAUGCCCUCAUGCCCUCAUCCUUUCAUGCCCUCAUGCCCUCAUGCCCUCAUGCCCUCAUGCCCUCAUGCCCUCAUGCCCUCACGCCAUCAUGCCCUCAUGCCCUCAUGCCCUCAUCCCCUCAUGCCCUCAUGCCCUCAUGCCUUCAUGCCCUCAUGCCCUCACGCCCUCAUGCCCUCAUGCCCUCAUGCCCUCAUGCCCUCAUGCCCUCAUGCCCUCAUGCCCUCAUGCCCUCACGCCCUCAUGCCCUCAUGCCCUCAUGCCCUCACGCCCUCAUGCCCUCAUGCCCUCACGCCCUCACGCCCUCAUGCCCUCAUGCCCUCAUGCCCUCAUGCCCUCAUGCCCUCAUGCCCUCAUGCCCUCAUGCCCUCACGCCCUCAUGCCCUCAUGCCCUCAUGCCUUCAUGCCCUCAUGCCCUCAUGCCCUCAUGCCCUCACGCCAUCAUGCCCUCAUGCCCUCAUCCCCUCAUGCCCUCAUGCCCUCAUGCCCUCACGCCCUCAUGCCCUCAUGCCCUCAUGCCCUCAUCCCCUCAUGCCCUCAUGCCCUCAUGCCCUCAUGCCCUCAUGCCCUCACGCCCUCAUGCCCUCAUGCCCUCACGCCCUUAUGCCCUCAUGCCCUCACGCCCUCAUGCCCUCAUGCCCUCAUGCCCUCAUGCCCUCAUGCCCUCAUGCCCUCACGCCCUCAUGCCCUCAUGCCCUCAUGCCCUCAUGCCCUCACGCCCUCACGCCCUCAUGCCCUCACGCCCUCAUGCCCUCACGCCCUCAUGCCCUCAUGCCCUCAUGUACUCCUGCCCUCAUGUACUCAUGCACUCAUGCACUCAUGCCCUCAUGCCCUCAUGCACUCAUGCCCUCAUGCCCUCAUGCCCUCAUGCCCUCAUGCUCUCAUGCCCUCACGCCAUCAUGCCCUCAUGCCCUCAUGCACUCAUGCCCUCAUGCCCUCACGCCCUCAUGCCCUCAUGCCCUCAUGCCCUCAUGCCCUCAUGCCCUCAUGCCUUCAUGCCCUCAUGCCCUCAUGCCCUCAUGCACUCAUGCCCUCACGCCCAUAAUGCCUCAUGCCCUCACGCCCUCAUGCCCUCACGCCCUCAUGCCCUCAUGCCCUCAUGCCCUCAUGCCCUCAUGCCCUCAUGCCCUCAUGCCCUCACGCCCUCAUGCCCUCAUGCCCUCAUGCCCUCACGCCCUCAUGCCCUCAUGCCCUCAUGCCCUCAUGCCCUCAUGCCCUCAUCCCCUCAUGCCCUCAUGCCCUCAUGCCCUCAUGCCCUUAUGCCCUCAUGCCCUCAUGCCCUCAUGCCCUCACGCCCUCAUGCCCUCAUGCCCUCACGCCCUCAUGCCCUCAUGCCCUCAUGCCCUCACGCCCUCAUGCCCUCAUGCCCUCAUGCCCUCAUCCUUUCAUGCCCUCAUGCCCUCAUGCCCUCAUGCCCUCAUGCACUCAUGCCCUCACGCCAUCAUGCCCUCAUGCCCUCAUGACCUCAUCCCUCAUGCCCUCAUGCCCUCAUGCUUCAUGCCCUCAUGA